AUGGCGACCGCCAAUGGCACUUCGACUGCCACCAGAGUCAGGAUCCUAGGCAAGGAGACCAUCGUUGUCGACUACCAACUCUGGCCCAACUAUGCCGUCCACGAUCUCCUUACGAACAUCCCGAGCUCGACGUACGUCCUCAUUUGCGAUUCGAACCUAGCGAAACUGCCUUACGUAUCGGCUUUCAAGAAGAGCUUCGAGCAAGAGCUAGCGGCGCAAGGGAAACAAGCACGUCUCCUCAUCUACGACCAAGUCGCACCAGGCGAAGAGUCGAAGAGUCGCAAGACCAAAGCACAGAUCGAGGACUACCUGCUGUCGCAAGGAUGCACGAGGGACACAAUCAUCCUCGCAUUGGGUGGAGGAGUCAUGGGUGACCUGAUCGGCUUCGUGGCAGCGACGUACAUGCGCGGCGUGAAGUUCGUGCAAGUACCGACAAGUCUGCUAGCAAUGGUGGACAGCAGUAUUGGCGGCAAGACUGCGAUCGAUGUUCCACUGGGCAAGAACUUGGUGGGGGCUUUCCACCAGCCCGAGAGGAUAUACAUCGAUCUUGCAUUCCUGGAGACAUUGGACAAGCGACAGGUGUGCAAUGGCAUGGCAGAGGUCGUGAAGACUGCUGCCAUCUGGGAUAUUGAGGAGUUUGAGCGGUUAGAGGACAAUGCAGAUGCCAUUAUGGCUGCCCUGGAGAAGCCAAUUGGCAAGGGCAGAUUCGAAGGCAUUGAAGAUGUGUUCAAGAGGAUCGUCUUGGGCAGCGCAAGAGUCAAGGCUGAGGUAGUCAGCGCCGAUGAGAAGGAAGGUGGUCUAAGAAACAUCUUGAAUUUCGGACACUCCAUCGGACACGCUUACGAGGCUAUUCUCACGCCUGAGAUCUUGCACGGAGAAUGUGUUGCAGUAGGCAUGGUCAAGGAGGCUGAGCUGGCACGAUACCUUGGAGUCUUCCCACCAGGCGCAGUCGCGCGUCUGCAGAAGUGCAUUGCUAGCUAUGGACUGCCAACAACGCUACACGACAAGCUCAUCACAAAGCAGACGAAGAAGCAGUGUCCCGUGGACGAGCUGUUGAAGAAGAUGGCAGUGGACAAGAAGAAUGCCGGAUCGAAGAAGAAGAUCACGCUGCUGUCUUGCAUUGGACAAUGCUACGAGCCCCACGCGACGACCUGCGAAGACAAGGACAUCAGGAUCGUACUCAGUCCAUCCGUCAGGGUCAAGCCGGGCGUCCCCAAGUCACUCAAUGUCUCGUGCAAGCCGCCUGGAAGUAAGAGUAUCUCAAAUCGUAUUCUGCUUAUGGCCGCGCUUGGAGAAGGAACAUGCAGGAUCAGCAACUUGCUGCACUCUGACGAUACGCAGUUCAUGCUAACUGCUAUUGCUAAGCUCGGGGGUGCCACAUACAGCUGGGAAGACGAAGGACGUAUCCUUGUUCUCAACGGCAAUGGCGGUGCUCUCAAGGCUUCACAAGAUGAGAUCUACAUCGGUAACGCUGGCACAGCGUCGCGCUUCCUGACGACUGCUGUAUGCAUUGCACAAGCCACCAAAGACGUCUCGCAUACCGUUCUGACUGGCAAUGCACGUAUGCAAGAACGACCUCAAGGUCCAUUGGUCGACGCUCUCAAGGCCAACGGUGUCGAUAUUGAGUACCUAGGCAAGCCCGGGAGCCAAAGUCUGCCACUGAAAAUUGCUGCUGCUGGUGGCUUUGAAGGUGGCGAUAUCGAGCUCACGGCAAAGGUCUCCUCGCAAUACGUCUCCUCGAUCUUGAUCAGCGCGCCGUACGCCAAGACACCGGUGACCUUGCGCCUAGUAGGUGGGAAAGUGAUCAGCCAGCUGUACAUCGACAUGACCAUUGCGAUGAUGGCAUCCUUCGGCGUACACGUUGAGAAAAGUAAGACCGAGCCGAACGUCUAUCAUGUGCCGAAGCAAAAGUACCAGAACCCAGCUGGAUACGAGGUUGAGAGCGACGCAAGUAGUGCUACCUACCCGCUUGCAGUGGCCGCAAUCACUGGGACCACAUGCACUGUUUCAAACAUUGGCUCAGCUUCGCUUCAGGGCGACGCACGUUUCGCUGUGGACGUUCUGCGCCCGAUGGGCUGUACCGUUGAGCAGACAGAGACAAGCACGACUGUUACGGGACCACCGAUUGGUGAGCUUCAGCCCAUCCCAGAAGUCGACAUGGAGCCAAUGACAGAUGCUUUCUUGACUGCAUCUGUCCUGGCUGCUGUUGCGAAGCCUGGUAAGAACGGUGCUACUACCAGGAUCGUCGGCAUUGCGAACCAGAGACAAAAAGAGUGCAAUCGUAUCAAGGCUAUGUAUGACGAGCUUGCAAAGUUCGGCGUGACCUGCAGAGAACUUGACGACGGUAUCGAAGUCGAUGGUCGCGGCAUGGACAUUUCCCCUGCCAGUGGCUCCAUCCACACCUACGAUGAUCAUCGUGUUGCGAUGAGCUUCAGCGUGCUUGGUACAGUCGCACCACAGGGCACUUUGUUGGAAGAACGCGAGUGUGUGGGCAAGACCUGGCCAGGUUGGUGGGAUCAGCUACACCAAAUCUUCGGGGUCGAGCUCGAAGGUGUAGAAGAGCAGAAGCACACCAACGGCGUGCUGACGAAUGGUGCCAACGGAGUCAAGCGGCCACUACUAGUCAAGGGUGUCAGCGGCACAUAUCAGCAUCGCGAGGUCAAGAAGUCCAUCUUCAUCAUCGGCAUGCGCGGCGCGGGAAAGACGACGACCGGCGGCUGGGCAUCGAGAAUUCUUGGCUGGCCUCUGGCUGACAUGGACACUGAGCUCGAAGCACAAGAGGGCAUGACAAUACCCGAGAUGCUCAAGGACAAUGAUUGGGCUGGCUUCAGACAGAAGGAGCUGAAGCUGCUCAAGCGACUGAUCAAGGAGAAGCCGAACGGUCACAUCUUUGCAGCUGGUGGCGGCAUUGUCGAGACACCGGAGUGCCGCGAGAUCCUUAGGGACUGGCAGAACGAAGGUAUGGUCCUAUACGUGACCCGCGAUAUCAAGGCCGUUAUGGACUUCUUGCAGAUCGACAAGACCAGACCUGCCUACGUGGAAGACAUGAUGGGCGUAUACCUCCGCCGCAAGCCGUGGUUCGAAGAAUGCAGCAACCUACAUUACCACUCCCAGAAAGUCGACGAGUCAGCCGCGAUCGCAGGGUGGACAAGUCCUCUCGACGACUUCACCCGAUUCUUGAACACAAUGACUGGCAGGAGCGGUGCGCUCCAGAAGAUCCAGAAGAAGAAGCACACAUUCUUCAUUGCCCUUACAUCACCGCAAAUCGAGAAGGUUACAACCAUCCUGCCCGAGGUCACCAUGGGAUCUGAUGCGAUUGAGCUGAGAGCUGAUCUACUGGUGGAUGCGAAGUCACCAGAUGGGCUGCCUACGCCGGACUUCCUCACAGAGCAAGUCUCACUUCUCCGAGCAAGCUCAACUCUGCCACUCAUUUUCACCUUGAGAUCUGUAUCUCAGGGCGGCCGCUUCCCAGAUGAUGAUUCGACAAGAGCCAUUGCGCUGUAUGCUGUCGCACUGCGCAUGGGCUUCGACUUUGUGGAUCUUGAGCUUACGAGCCCAUCCGAUGUCAAGGAGUACGUCUUAAAUCACCGAAAGAUGUGCACCAUCAUCGCCUCGCACCAUGAUCCCAAGGCAACGCUCUCCUGGGCUGAUGGCGCCAAAGACUGGAUGCCACAAUUCAACGCUGCCAGGGAGUACGGUGACAUUGUCAAGCUUGUUGGCGUUGCGAAGACGGACGAUGACAACGACGACCUGAAGACCUUCAAGAAGUGGGCUGCAAGAGAAUAUGCGCACACACCAUUCAUCGCUAUGAACAUGGGCGAGAUUGGCAAGAUGAGCCGGGUCAAUAAUGGUUUCAUGACUCCUGUGUCGCAUCCUGCUUUGCCUUCAAAGGCGGCACCGGGCCAGCUUUCAGCUGCUGAGAUUCGGAAGGUUCUUGGUCUGGUGGCAUACAUCGAGCCCAAGAAGUUCUGCAUCUUUGGUAAGCCCGUGCAGCAUAGUCGCAGUCCUGCCUUGCACAACACGCUUUUCGACAUCACUGGAUUGCCACAUGCCUACGGACUACACGAGACUGAUCAAGUUGAUGGCGAAGUUCAGAAGAUUCUCAGAAGUCCUGACUUUGGUGGUGCAAGCGUGACCAUCCCCUUGAAGCUGGACAUCAUGUCUUUGCUUGAUGAGAUUGACCCGGCAGCGAAGACCAUUGGCGCUGUGAACACCGUCGUGCAGGUGGAAAACGACAGUGGGAAAGCUACGCUGGUCGGCCACAACACCGAUUGGCAAGGUAUGGUCCUAGCACUUCGCAACGCAGGUGCUCACAGUGCACCCGGUCAGAAACAUGCUGCUGCCAUGGUCGUCGGUGGUGGUGGCACUGCUAGAGCAGCUAUCUACGCACUGAAGGAAAUGGGCCACAGUCCAAUCUACCUCGUGGGCCGCAACAAGGAAAAGCUCGCAGCGCUGGCAGGCAACUUCUCCACGGAGUAUAAUGUUCACCUGCUUGGAAGUGCGGACGAAGUGCGCACGAUCCCAACAGACAAACAGCCAGUCGUCGCCAUUGGCACGAUUCCUGGCGACAUCGAACCAGAUCCAGCCAUGAAGGAGAUCUUGAUAGCAAUCUUCGAGAUUGGCUCGACAGCUUCAAAUGUAGCUGGCGUCAGCGGUGCCAAUACGGACAAGAUACUGCUCGAGAUGGCAUACAAACCUGCGGUAACUCCCUUGAUGGAGAUUGCAAGUCAGGGUGGGUGGAGGAGUGUCGCUGGCCUUGAGGCUCUUGUUGGUCAGGGUGUGCAUCAGUUCCGACUAUGGACGGGCAUUACGCCUAUCUUCAAUGUUGCCAGAGAUGCUGUGAUGGGCAAGACGAGCAAAGCGUAA